CACCCCGAGGGAAGAUGAGUAACCCACAGCUGGGACUGCUAAAUCAUGGCAACAUUUAUGGAGCGAUUAGCCUUUCUUCAGAAAGUGCCCACCCUGAUGAAGGCUACGGCAGAUGAUGAAAACCCCUGUCCCGGCUACAUUUUCCAGGAGAUUGGAAAAAUCUCCCAUGAGUCUUCAGGUUGUGGUCAGUGUUUGUUGGAAUACCUCCUGGAAAGGCUGCAGGUAGAGUCCUGUCAUGUCAAACUGAAGGUGCUGAAGAUCUUUGUCCACCUCUGUGGUCAUGGGUCGAACCAUUUCCUCACAGAACUCAGAAGGAACUCCACCUUUAUCCAGCAAGCAUCCGUUUACAGUGGCCCUCCUGAUCCCAUCCAUGGCACGGCACUUUAUGAGAAAGUGAGGAGCACAGCACAGGAAGUGGCCCGCUUACUUUUCACAGAUGUCAUUACCUCCAAAAACAGUAUCUCUUCAUUUAACCUAGCCCCCCCAACAAUGGGUAUGGGAUCAGCAACAUCCCACAGGUCAGGAAUGCAGGGUUUUGGAUACAGUCCAAGAAAGCAGGGGACAGGGAGUGACUCACUUCUGGAUAAGAUCCAGAAAGCUGCUGAGGUGGUGGCCAGUGCUGUCCUUCCUCCUACUGAGCACCAGGGCAUCCGUCUCCAUGAUAACCAUUACCGGGCAGUAGUUGCGCCUUCUGUACCCAUAGAGGUGGCUGUGCCAGCGUGUGCCUAUAACCUGCCUGCUUGUAGACCGAAAGUGACUAAGUGGUGCCCGGGGCAGGUUGGAGGCGGCUGGGAAGAGACGGACAGUGGCAACAGCUCCUCUCACAACUCCUCUCAGGACAUCGCUGCCAACAGCAGGGCCUCGGUGGGCAGCAAGUCAGCUGGCACAGGGAGCCAGUCAGGGGCCAGCAGAGAGAGCAGCGCGGACCUAUCAGAUCGGGUGGAGGCCUUGCAGUUGGGGGAUUGUGGUCAGGAGAUGGCACUCAUCAAUAAACUGACUGUAGGCUCUAAAGUUUUCCUCUCCAGAGAGGAGAGUCAACACUUCAUCAAAGAGUGCUCCAUUCUUAACUGUGAGGUUGUGGUGGAGUUGCUCUCAUGCAAACUUCAGGAUCCCUCCUACACCGUUAAGAUGCGAGCGCUGUGUGCUGUCGCAUGCUUGAUGACCUCUGACCUUCUCUCUCUGGAACAAAUGUUUGGAGCCACACAGCUUAGACUUCACCAGCUGAGUGAGGGGCCUCCGGGACCUGUAGCGAACAAAGCCACCAAGAUCUUGCGACAAUUUGAGGCUUUGAUGGGCGGAUCUCAACAUGCUACCAGGCAGGAUGCAAUGAACAGCAGCCAUCAGGCAACAGUGACUCAGCUUCACACAUCUACCAACAAUUUACUGCCAAAACACUUGGAUGACAGCUUCAACCUUCAUCAGCCGGACAUCUCAUCUGCAGGUGUCACUCAACCACCAAAGCACCCAUCUCCCCUUCCUAAUCAGGAUCUGGCACAGCGCCACUCCACACAGGAGCUCGUCAAUGUCAGGAAAGAGGAGGAAUUUUCUCCCCUUCAGCAGGAGUUAGCGGAAGAUCAGGUACAACCAGUCAGGACAGCUGAGGUGAAACUGGAUGCUGAAGAUCCAGAGCUUGUUCGAGACAAAAGCACUCCUGCUUUGUGCGAACCCCACAGCAAUCCACGCCACCAGAGCAGACUGUCUCUGUUCAAUGGUAUGGAGUUGGUGACCAAAGGGAGGCUGCUGUGUGAAAGAGAACCAUCGCAUGGGGAGGUGGAGGACAAAACAGAUGAUAGCAUAAGAGAGAUUCAAACUGUGUAUAGCUCUGACCUUUCAGUGAACUCAUCUUCAGCUGUCACCAAUAAAACCAGUGAGGAUGCUUCCUCAGUUUGCAGUUCCUCUGCAUCUAAUUGCAGCCAGUCAGUAUCAGCAUUCUCCUUUCUCAACUUUUGAUUGCAACCGACUGUUUAGAGCUGGAGCUGUUGUACUUUAAACCAAUGAUGUCAUUAUGUGUUUAUCUUUUUGGAAGCCUAUUUAAUGUUCCAAACCAAGAUCUGAUCGGUUCCGUUGUAAAUAGAUGGCAGAUUCUAAAUCAGUUUUCUUUUCCUAUCCGUGUGCCUCUUCAGAAGCUGUUUUUAAGCAGCAAAUUGGGCCAAGAGAGAGAUUUGGGGCUCAUAACUGUAGCCCUUUUUAAACUGCAGAUCAUGGCAGUCCAUUGAUGGCGUGUCUCAUCAAAGACUGGUCUUUGAUGGCUGCAGUGAAUUUUAAAAGUAUUUAAUGACUAAAGUUGUCUUGAAUAAGAGGUCUUACAAAGUCACAAAACAAUAACUGCAGAAAUUGUGAAAAUGAGAUAUUUUAACAUUUACUUUAUAAAACCAAAUUGUUAAAGGGGACUUAUUACACUGUUUUUCACCUCCAUAUUUUGAAUCCUAGACUCUAGUGUAGCUUUGCGUGACAUUUCAGUUCAGAUUAUACUUAUUUAUUAAACAGGCCUUGGUGCAGCUCAUCCUCAUCGUCACAAACAAGCUGGUUUUCAUUCCUGCGUGCUUGCAGCCAGGGCCGUGUGCCUGAGAUGAUCUUAUUGGGGAUAUCUGCUCUCACUGAUGUCAUACAGAGACAAGAGUAGAAAAAAAGUGUUUAGAGCAGUCUGAAGCCCAUCAAAUACUGACCUCAUUAUUUGAAACUUCCACCAUUGCAUUAUUAACACUUAGAUUUUUUAUAUUUUUGUGUGUGUGUGUGUGUGUAUGUGUG